AGAAACAUAUGAAAAAGCAUUUUGAUGAUUCAUAACAAAACAUCAAAUUUUGUUUAGAUGCUAUCAUUUUUUAUUCUACAAUGUUCCAGUAAUUAUGCCUGCAUUAAUGAGAAUCUAUUAAUUUGACUCCUUCC